AUGUCCCCAUCGCAGCCAUCAACCUCCAAACGUACAUCUUCGACUUGGAAAACUGUGCUCACCCCGUCAACACGUCAUGGUGGUUGCAGAUCUGGAGCGACACCGACGGGAUCGAGCACCCCAAUCAAGAUUCGUGAGGAGAAAGUGGUCGCCCACUUCGGCGAGAAAAAUGAGUGGGAGGCUGAUAUCUGGGUCUUGGACACCGGCUCUACCAACCACAUAUCCAAAUCUAGGGCCACGUACUUGAAGCUGGACACGACAGUGCUCGACACCGUUCGGUUCGACGAUGACUCGGUGGCACGAAUUGAGGUUCAGGGCACCAUCGUAAAGCUUCUACAAAAUCAAGACAACAAGUCCUCUUCGUCGUGUUACAUGUGCUACGUAUGCCCCGAAAAUUGCUACCUCCAAUCCCCACCCCCACUCCCACGUCCCCAUCACCCCAAAAACCAUCAGCGGAUAUCUAUAAUCCUAAUCCUGAUGCUCGGCUUCCUAAGCGCCGUUUUCGUUUUCCUUUUCCUUUCCUACCUCGCGGUGCGCAAGUACCGAUCACGCCGCGUUCGAAUUUGGCAAACGGUUGAAAAUGGGUCCGAUCUUGACCAUCCCGUUUGGCACAUCCGCACUGUUGGCCUCCCGCAGUCGACGGUCGACCUAAUCCCGACUUUUGUGUACGAAAAGAGUGGUGGGGUGGUGAUCGGAAGAGGCGAAUGUUCGGUUUGCCUCAACGAUUUUAAAGAGAAUGAGAUGCUUCGCCUCUUGCCUAAGUGUGGCCACACUUUCCACGUCUCGUGCAUCGACACUUGGCUCCGGUCGCACAAGAAUUGCCCGGUUUGUCGUGGCCCGGUUAUGUUGGAUGCGAAAUGUAAUGAGGCUCCGAGCCCGAAUAAAUCGGUUUUAGCGGGAGAAAAUGGAGAUAUUUAUUGGGAGUCAGUUUGUCCUAGGAGGGACGAGGGGUGUUCGUGUGCUAAAAUGGGAGUUACGGAGAGGCUGAUUUUUUCGGACGUGAUUUCGAAAAGAGGGUGCAAGAAUUCGAGGAUUUAUAGGACGAUAAAGAGUGCGUCUUCCGGACGUUCUCUAGAGAAAAGGCCCGUUUUGAUGAAGAGGUCUUUUUCGUUUAGCGGGAAAAGAUCGAUUCGGAAGAAUAGCCGAAGCCGAAGUCUCGAGGUGAAUUUGAUACCCGAGAUCGUUGUACAAAGUUCGAGCCCAUAA